GAAUGACAGCUGUUUUGUGCUCCGUUUACAAUAUUUUUUUUUUAUUUUUGUUGUUGUCAUCGUGUGUUUUGUGAUCGAAAACACACGUAUUGUAUCGUGAACCAAAACCAAUUAACACAAACGUGCAUUGUUUUUCUUCGGUUGAUGGUUUGAAUCGUGGACUGUUUCUAAUUUCGAUCAGCAUCAAAUUUUAUAUAUAUUUUUUACCGAAAAACAGAAAAAAACACCAUGUGUUAAAUGUUUGUUUUAUGUGAAAAGAAUAAUAAAUUUAUUAUUCAAUAUUGGUGAUUCAGCUCAACAAGUGUAUCGAUUGAAAAACAGAAAACCACAGCGUUCAUCCAUCUAAUUGGUGAUUGUUUUUUUUUUAAUUGGAAAUCGGCAAAAACACACUGUCUCUGUGUCACCGUUAGAAGUGUUCUAUUGAAACAACAGUGCAAGUUUGAUAAGAAUUUCAAUCUCAACGACAAAGUAAAAUAUUAUAAAAUUGAGCGAUAACAAAGUAAACAAACGAAAGAGAAAAAAAAUGGCUAAAAUGAAACCUACUUUAGAGGAUUACAUAUUCGAUAUGGAGACGCGACCGCCAGACCAUGGGACGCCUAAUGAUCAAGAUCUAUGGACGCAAUUGCAGAAAAAAGAGUCAGACUUAUUGUUGGCGGCCGAGCUGGGCAAAGCGUUGCUCGAGAAAAACGAAGAGCUGGCAAAACAACAAGAGAAAAUCAUCGAAGAAUAUUCCAAGAAACUUGAGUGUUUGGAACAAGAGAAGCAUAUAUUACGGCGAAAACUGUCCGAGGCUGAAAGUGAACGAGAUUUACGUGUACAGGAACUGGAAUCCGAUUACAAUGAUCUGAAAUCAAAGCUAAUGUCACAGGAGUCAUCGGUGCGGCACAAUGAACGAGAAAAAAACGUACUGGUCGAUGAAUUGGCAUCGCAAAAUGCACGGUUAACACAACAACUCCAAGCAGCCAACCAACUCGAAGUCCAACUCAAUAACAAAUUACAAGAAUUAAAAAGUCAAUACAACAUUCAACAUCAAACGUUACAGAAUCACAUUAACGGGCUGGAAAGUCUCAAAGAUGAACUGAAUAUUAUCACAAAAGCGAAAAAUGAACUGGAGAAACGGCUACAGACCACUGUCAUCGAGAAGGAAACGAUAUUCUCGUCGUUGGAAGAAGCUCUCGAUCGGAUACACACACUUGAACGACAUGCUAGGGAACAAGAAUCGAAAUUAAAGUCAACGACACAGCACCUGGAUCGAGUGCAAGUAGAAAACAAUGCGCUGUAUGAAAAAUUAGGAUCUAUACAAAAUUCGCCACGACAUUCGUCAUUGAUGAAUGAGAUGGAAUGUGAUGAAGACCAAGGAAUUGGUGACAGUAAUAAAUCAUUAAAUACAAUCGAUGCAAUCGCCAAAGAAGCGCGCACUGUGUACAACCAAUUGAAAAUGCUCCAUUUUACGCUGAAGGGCAAUCACGACGGUGAUUCGGGAUUACAUUCAGACCUGUUCUUGGGUUCAGCGGAUCAGUCUUCAACGAAUCAGUAUGAUUCAACUGAAGAAUUGCAUCAAGGCAUGCUCUCUGCAUUGACGGAUGACAUUAUCAAUUUGAUCAUGAGCAUGGAUGUGGUUCAUUUCAAAACGAUGCUGGACAAGUCAAGAGCCACAAACCAAGACCAAGAAGAAGAAUUACGCCGAAGACAGACCAACAUUUCAGAUUUGGAAUGCAAAUUGUCGGUGAUGGAAGUGGAAUUACGUAGUGCCUUAGAAGAUCGUAACCGAGCUCAAGCGGAUGCGUCCGAAAGUAGUUUGGCUCAAGAUGAUGUUGUGUCACAAGCGCGUUCCGAUCGCGAUUCGGCAAUACAGCGACGAACAAAGGCUGAAAUUGAAUUAGCCAAAACUCGUGUCGAACUCAUGCAAGCAAACAGCGAAUUACUCGAAGCCAUUAAUCAAAAAGUUGAGCUGUCGCAGCAAUUAGAGCAGUGGCAGGUUGAUAUGCACGAAUUGUUGGAAGAGCAAAUGAAGCGUCAGUUGGAGGAUAGCCAACGAAAGAGUAAAUCAGUGGCCGUUCCAGCUGCCCCACCAAAACCGGCAUAUUCACAUCUUUUGAUGCGAUUAUUCCAACGAUAAACAAACUCCCUCCCUGCCUCGUCGUUGUAAUUUCGUUUUGCGCAACCGAGCAAAUGUCGUUCUGUUUUAACUGAGGAAAAAAUUCCGUCUGUUUUUAAACAUUUUUUUUGUUCGUUGAUUAUAAAACCAAAUCUCACUCAUACUUUUGGAACUGUGCAAGCGAUAUAAUGUAUUUUUGCAUUGUAUAAUUUAUUAUUUGAAAUUAAUCUAUUUUGUAUUAUAUUAACGCUUAGUAAAUAAGAAGAGUGAUUUCAAGUAUUGGUUCGAGACCAAAUGUUUGCCUGAUGAAAGUAUUUCGUUUUUUUUAAAUCUCAUUAAUUUAUUCACAUGAUUUUGCCGAUUUUAGGCAAAAUGACCAACAUUUGUUUGAAAAAAAAAAAUUGUGAGAUUUUUUACAUAUAUAUAAAUUUUAAUCUGUGGUAAAUUAUAUAUCAGCCUUUGAUCAGCUGCCCCAACCAUUAUUCUCGUCUAACGUGUUUUUUUUUCUCAAAUUAGAUUUUAUUUGGAUUUAAAUAAAAUUAAAGAAAAAAAGCAUUAAAUUGUUAUAUCCGAUUUUCGAAUCGCAUUUAAACACAAAACUGUACAGUUUUUUUUUGCAAUAAAAUUUAAAUUAUUUAA